AAAAAGAAAGGAAAUUAAGAUAAGGAUGAAUUGCUUUUUCUUUUUCUUUUUCUUCUUUCUUUCUUCCUCCUCAGACCCGCGUGGCCUGCUCUUCCUCUUUCCCCCCGACCCUCUGCACCCGACGAGACCCGUUACUGCCUCCCUUUUUCAGGCCGGAAAUCCGGCAAAGCUUGGGGAUUUCUCCCUAUUUUCUUGUUUUAAAACACCUAUUAUUAGUCUUUUGUAUUGAUUUGAGCAUGCCUACUUGAAAUUUAAGUGAUUGUCCUGAUGAUUUGAAAGCGAUCGGUGAAUUAAGAUUUUUCUUUAAAUUUCUGCUUGUUUUGUCUCCGAUGUGGUUAUGUUAUUAAUGAUCCUGCUUUGAUGAUUUGAGAUGGAUUGUGAAUUUCGAAAUUUUCUGUAAUCCUACAUUGUUUUGUCUCUGAUAUAAUCAUGAUUUUCGAUCCCCGCUAGUGGGUGUGUAGCACUUCCGAUCCCUACUAGUGGGUGUAAUGCUGGCACUUCCGAUCCCCGCUAGUGGGUGUGUAGCAUUUCUGAUCCCCGCUAGUGGGUGUAACGCUAGCACUUCCGAUCCCCGCUAGUGGGUGUGUAGCAUUUCCGAUCCCCGCUAGUGGGUGUAACGCUAGCACUUCUGAUCCCCACUAGUGGGUGUAACGCUAGCACAUGUCGACAUGUUUACUGAUAUGACCGGUUAAUUCCGACGCCUGCCACUGGGUGAAUACAUUGGCAAAUUUCUGUCGCCUACCAGUGGGUUGUUAUAACACUGGCCAUGACUUAUAGAUGAGACUACUGAAUUGAGUUUUCUUCUGCAUUGACGGUUUUGUCAUUGAACGUUUUGCUAUUGAACCGAAUUUGAUUUUCGCAUUAACGGUUUAUCAGUGAAAGUUCUGUUACGUUUACAUGGUUUAUCUGGCAUGCUUAAAAGUUUUACACAAGGGCUAUCCAUAUUUACUUACUGAGUUUAUCUCAUAGUUUUCCUUGUCCACCAUUUCAGGAAGUGAAACCGAGGACGGGGAAACUAAGGGGGAGUGACGAGUUAGAAUGCUAGCUACCUGGAAUUUGAUAUAGAUUAUGAUCCUGUAAGCUAGAGUGUACUUGGAGAUUUUAUGAUAUCAUAGCAGAUUGUAAAAAUUUUAUCUUGAGAUUUGGUGGUAUCAGAUUGUGAAUUGGAUAAGUUUCGAGCCUUGUGCAUUUGUAGGACCCUCUCACGAGUGCACGGCGUCUGU